AUGGCUGCACUGAGAGCUUGUGCUGAUGGAGGUGCCAAUCGUCUCUAUCAGAUCACAGAGGGAAGCCAGGACAGGUUCUUGCCUGAUUACAUCAGUGGUGAUUUUGAUUCCAUUCAGCCUGAAGUCAAGGAAUACUACAAGGUCAAGGGAUGUGAGUUAAUAGAGACCAUGGAUCAGGACCUCACAGAUUUCACCAAGUGCCUCCAGAUACUCCAGAAAAAGAUAGAGAAGAAGGGCCUCCAGAUCGAUGUGAUUGUGACUUUGGGCGGACUUGGAGGGCGCUUUGAUCAAACAAUGGCAUCAGUGGAAACACUUUUUCAUGCCACAAAUAUCACUCCUUUUCCAGUGGUAGUUCUCCAAGAGUGCUCGCUGAUUUACCUGCUUCAACCUGGCAAGCACAAGCUGCGUGUGGACACAGGAAUGGAAGGCGCCUGGUGUGGCCUCAUCCCCAUUGGGAACCCCUGCGAGAGUGUGACCACAACUGGCCUCAGGUGGAACCUCACUAACCAGGUGCUGAAGUUUGGAACGCUCGUCAGUACUUCCAACACCUAUGACGACUCUGGGAUCGUGACCAUUGAGACUGACAAACCUUUGCUGUGGGCAAUGGCUAUCAAAAGAUAAGAUCAGCUACAGCUGCCUUUUCUCAUCUGACCCAAAUUACUGCAAAAUUUCACUGAAUUAAGACAGUAAAGCUGUUCUGAAAAAUAUAAGCAGGCACUGAUUUUAUGUACUGAAUAGAAAACGAGUCUGAAAUAAAAAGUCACUUGAG